GACAGUCUUUACCAAAUAGCAAUCUAGAACCAAGUGGAAAGCGAUUAGCUAACGUAUGCAAAAAGAUCGAGCGAGAUGAGAAGGUAAACAACAAUUAUGAUGAAACAAUCGAGAAGCAAUUAGAAUCGGGUAUCAUUGAAGGUGCACCAGUGAAACCGAAUGGUAAACGAGUAUAUCAUAUACCCCACAAACAUGUUGUCAGAGAGGAGGCAAAUAAAGCCAAAGAUAGCGCGGAGAUUCCUGAGAAUUUUAGAAAUUUUGGACUGGUCGGUGAUAGUUCGGAAAAUCCAUGGUUUUUGAACGAUGGAAAAGAAAGAGAAGACAUGAAUGAGGAAACUGAGGGACAUGAAAAUACACCAGAACGGUUGAGAAAACUGAAGGCAGUAACUGCGGAAGAAACAAAGGAAGGACAAGGUGAUGAAGACGAAAAUGCUUCCGAUAAUUCUGACCAAGAUGAAACAUUUGAAUUGAUGAAUGAUGUUGAGAGGAAAAGAGAAGAAAACGAAGUAGAGAACCUUGAGGAAAAUGGCAUAAAAACGAAAGGGAAAGUGAAAAGUAAUGUUGUUUCACAGGGAAACACUAAAGAAACUAGUAGCGUUGAAAAGACAAGUAAACGUAAGAAAAAGAAAAGAAAAAUUACAGACGAAAGUAGAAUGAAAGAAAAUUUGGAGCAAAGCAAGAAAGCAAAGUUGGUGAAGAGUGGGACUGACGAGGACAUUAUGCAAACCGCAGAUUUGGACGAAAAGAACCGAGGACGGUGGAUGAAAGGCAAAGUUGUGAAGUACGUGAAAGGAAAGGACGGUGUAAUUAGAGGAGUUAUUGUAUUACAUAAGGGUAACUAUUUGGAACGACCUGUUCAGCUAGUAUGUCCUUUGGAGAUAAGGAGCGUGGUUAAGGAAGAUCAGGGAAGACACAACGAAAGUACUGAAGAUAAUGAUGAUAAAUUAAAGGAAAGACCAGAACGGAAAGCAGCAAAGAUCGCGAAAGUUAACAUCAGAGAACAGUUGAAGGACGAUUAA